UCCUGGCAGAAGGUUGUGGAUUUUUUACGAAAGUGUCGAAUGCCCCGUCACAUUUGAUUUGUUUUUGUGAUAUCGACAGACUAUAUAAAGAUGGAAAUACACUUCAAUGCUGACUGGUUGAGUAUCUCCAAUUGCUGUUAACUGGAUAGAAUCGGGUUAAUGCUGUUCAAAUUCACCCCAGGGAUAUAAAGGGGACACUAACAUUUGUAAAUAUCGGUGCCAUGUGGUAGGUUCAGAGGUGCGUGUCAAAUAAUAAUACAGGGUUCGGUCCACUCCGAUUGAGUAAAGAUUUAGGCGAUGACGUUUGACCGCGCACGUGCGUGACGUCAGCACCCACCAGUUCCAGCAUACAUCAGUGGAUGAUGUGUCCUUUUUCUUGACGUCGGUCCAUUGACACUCAGUGAUAAAUUGUCCGACUUUGUAAACAACAAGAAAAAUAUCAGAACUACUUUCGUUGAUUGUUGAUUACUUUAGGCUAGUACGCAAUGACAUCCGACGAAGAAACAUUGGUGGCCGCGCGCGGAAAUCUAUGGGGCCGGAUCGUUUUCAUAGCUGUAGUGAUUGAUAACCAGUGGUCAAGAGUAGCUGCUCAUAUAUUUGAUCAUUGCCUGUGCGUGUGUAGACCAAACCGCAAAAGUCCGCCGCAAAUUCAGAAGAAAGGGCACUCUGGCCUUUUGUUGACAUCUAGCGUAGUUUCUUUGGAGCAGUCGACUGUUCAAAUAUUGGAAAGGGACCAUGGUUUUCUUAGCAGGAGGGAGCAACAGAAGAUAAAGGUCAACCUCAGCUAGAAUUUGCAACAGACGAGAGAGAGUGUGAAAACAGCAUUAUAUGCAGUCUUUCGUCAAAGAAAACCAUAAAACGCCAACCCAUCAAAGAAAUUCCAUAAGAACGCUGAACACAUAUCGAGUUAAUGGCGCGGUGCCGUCAUGGAGGAUUAGGUGUCGCCAAGUCGCAAUACGCUUGGUUGGACGGUGUUUACAGUCUAAGUGGAUUAACAUAUUUCUUAUUGUUUUUAUUUCACGAGGGGGGCGCCGUUUACAUUUCAAUCUGGAAGAUUGGCGCGUUAUCAACCUGAAUAUUUGAAUAUCCCCAAGUAAAGUCAGAAAUACAUCAUGGGGAAAGAAAGACAUAAGAGGAAGAAGCUACAUGCUAGUGCACCAAAGGUGGUGUCAGUUGACCAAGAUGAUGCCAUGUCUGUGGGAGAAAAGCCCAAGUCCAAUACCUUCCCACUUCCUGUCCUUGGUGAGAAUAUCUUUGCUGGUGUCAAAGUCAGAGUAGACGAGCUCACACCACAGAAAUUGCCCGAUUUUGAUGCAAGAAGCACAAUUACCAGUAAGACAUUCAAAGGAAUGAAUAUGAAGAAGAAAGAUAAACAGAAAAUGAGACAUGAAGUCUGGAUGAAAAAGGUUGAUGCCCUCCAAGCUGCUAAGAAUGAAGAAAAGGCCAAGAAGAAAAGGCAGAAGACCGUGAUUGUUGGAGACCUGAAACCGCUUGAGGAUACACUGCCAACAUUGGAACUCCUAAUGAAGGGGACGGGCAAGGGGCAGAAACAAGCAGAGGAGAAGAAGGAGCAUAUCUCAAAAAAGGCAAUCAGAAAAGAAUCUGUGAGGAGGAAACAAAUGCUGGAUGGCAUUGGUCUCUUCCAGCAAGUGUUCAACCAUCCAAGUUUUAAAAGUAAUCCUGGAGCUGCGAUCACGGAGCAUCUCAAAGAGAAGAUGAGACAAGAAGACCAGAUGCAGUCAUGACGGGAUUGAAGACAAAGUCACAACCUACUGUAUAGGGGUAUGAACUGUGAUGAUCUCAUAGAAUUAAAGAUGGGAUGUGUUGUGAAGGCAGUGUCACAACCUACUGCGUAAAGACACACAAGGUAUGGACAAGAAGUGAUUUCACAGGAUGAAAGAUGGGGUGUGACAAUGUCACGACCUACUGUUUGAAAACUGUAGAGAUAUGGAAAAGAGGUGAUUUCACAGUACGAAAGACAGGAUGUGACAUGAAGACCAAGUCACAUCCUCUGACCAAAGUGUCUAGACAGCUAGGAUAUGAUUUGAAGCGAAUGUCUCAACCUGCUGCCCAAAUGUAAACACUCAGGUGGUGGCACAAAGAUGUUCAAGAUAUGUACUGAGGGUACCAUAAUUGGAGGUUCCUGGGUAUGACGAGGAAUCCAUUUGUCAAGCCGCCUGCCCUGUAUUUGGUAUGACGAUCACAAUGUGUGACAUUGCUAACAAGGAGUGAUGUGACUGGCCAGUUCUUUUCUGGCAGAAAUGUGCCAGUGGGCUCUGUUAUCAUGUAAAUAGAUGUAUUGUUAUUGUUUGAUGAAUAAAUUGCAAUAAAAAUUGUUAA